GCUAAAUGAGCAAAAACGACCACAAUUCACUCCUUCAGUCAGUGAAGCUCCCACAGCCGUUCAUGAGAGUUUAAAUGCUGGGGAAUAUUCCCAUCUUCCCACAGGAGAAGAAGCAAGCAGGAGGAAUUACAGGAGAAACUACGGACGUACUAUUGUAGAGAUGGAGAUUAAGGAAGAACCCUGCAGAAUAAAAGAUGAAGAUACAGAGGAACAAAUAGACCCAAAGGAAGUGAAAGAAGACAAACCUCAUUUCAUAAAUGAAAAUAAAGUUGUUUCAAGGACUGAAAAGACUUUCAGACAAAAACGAGCUGGAAAAACUGAAGUCAAAGGAUCUUUCACAUGCACUCAGUGUGGAAAUAGUUUCGUUCAGAAAGGAAGCUUGAAUGAGCACAUGAGAAUUCACACUGGAGAAAAACCGUUCACAUGCUCUCAGUGUGGAAAGAGUUUCAAUCGCAAGAGCUUUCUUAAAGAGCAUCUGCUCUCUCACACUGGAGUGAAGUCGUUCAGCUGUGAUCAGUGUGAUAAAACAUUUGUGUUUUCGUCUAGCUUAAGAGAACACCUUAAUGUUCAUGCUGGUGUGAAAUCUCACUUUUGUUCUUUUUGUGGAAAGAGUUUUUCAAAACUGAAGACUUUAAAAGAGCAUGAACGUAUUCAUACUGGUGUGAAACCAUAUAUGUGCUUUGACUGUGGGAAGACCUUCACUAGAUCCAGCAUCUUAAAAUCACACCAGAGAGUUCAUACUGGAGAGAAACCGUACAAGUGCUCACACUGUGGAAAGUGUUUCUCUUGUUUAAAAUCCUUGAAAGCUCAUGGGAGAGUUCAUACUGGAGAGUAACCGUACAAGUGUUCACUCUGUGGACAGAGUUUCUCUCAUUCAUCAUUCUUGAAAGAUCAUGAGAGA